UACGAAAUUGAGUUGCGUUUAAUUGCAGCCCCUCCAGUCGACCUUGAGGACCUAUAAACGGUCUACCGAUCGUCAUGAAAGUGGUUUUGCAGCCGACUGAGUUGAUUGUUCUCGUCCGUGCAAUAAAUUCACUUGGAAAACUAGGACAUGAGGUUUACUUUGAAUGCGGCACAAAUGAUUUAAAGAUCAAAACAGUCAACGCCACGAGGUCUUCUUUUGCUUCAGUUCAUUUUAGGGAAGUGUUUUUCGACAAGUUCUCAAGCCCUUUACCUAGCGGGUCUCUGCAACGUUUUAAAAUCCCUAGUAGUUCAUGUUCUAACGUCUUCAAACUUACUUCCGCAAUGGAGAGAUCCGUUCUUAAAUGCAAGAUGUUCUUAUCAUCCCAGGAUACUGUUCUGACUGUUCAGUACUUCUGUAAAUUCGGAAUCGUUAAGACGUAUAACAUGUCAAUCAUCGAUUGUGAACAGUUAGAAGCUGUUUACUCAUUAGAAGAAAGCGCUAAUCAUUUGGUUAUAUCAGCACGUUUACUGGGAGAAAUUAUCAACAAUUUUCGCCAGUCUUCUGAAGAGCUAACAAUUCUUUUAGAUUCGGGGGAAUGCACUUUUCAGAAUCACACAUUUCAAACAGGUCCCUCUAUGAUAACAACACAAAUUCCUCUGAAUGCUACUGAAUUUGACGUCUACUGUGUCCAUUCAAAAUGUGAAGUCACAUUCUGCCAAAAGGAAUUACGGGUAAUGCUGUCAUGUACCUCGAAAAUUGUUUACAUUUAAAACGUUGACAAUGCUAUGCAUUUAAUAAACAUCGGGGUGACAAAAUUUAUCGUAGUUAGGCUCAUCAUUUCAUGAAAGCAUGUCGUAUUAGUUGCGUUGCUAUUGCUUUGUAAUUUCAUACGCAAUUGAAAUUUUAGAAUAAUUUUGAUAGUGAUACCGAAUUUUGCUACGUAUGAAAAAUCGAAAUUCUUUAGCGACAAAAACUAGUAAGUAAAGUGUUCUUGAUAGUAAACAGGAUCGUUCUUACCAAAGGAUUUGUUAUGAGCUGCAUAUAGUAGAUAACACUAUUAUUUGAUAACACAAACCGUUUUUCACAUAAUUCGUCUUGGGUAAUUGAAUGAUAUUAACUCUCAAAUACUUAGUGUCUGUGAGUCAAUCACAUUAAAUACUCCUCACCACUAUACACGGGUAGCAUUCCGAAACUAUUUACAACCGAUUAUUUGUAUCAUUGUUAUUUCUGCUGUCUUUCGUAACUAUGUUUAGAGAUAAUUAGUGCUCUUUGUACUCAUCCUUUGAUGUAUACUCAACUACUUCACUACCAUGACAACAUAUUUGUGAUAUUCAAAAUAAUUAUUUCGUAUUGUUUUGAUUGUCUCGUUUUCAUAAUCGGAUUAAGUUCUAGUCUUUUUAAUGACACGGAUGUAAGUACAUAUUAUUGCUGUUGAUAAAGUGUCCGUUAGUAUUUAUAAGCAUAAUGUAGUUGGGAACUGAUUUGCUAACUAACAGUAGGGUUAGGGUAGAUUAAUGCAUCGGUUUUUCUGGCUAGAAAUUUCUGACAACUGGUAAUAUGAAUGCGACAGAUCUAUAUUUAAGGUAUGGUGCGUAAACUUUUUUUAUUUGAAUUCAAAUAAAAAGCUUCCCUUUAAUGACUGUAGUCUUUCGGACUUAUUGAGUCUUUUAAUGUAGUUAUGUAACAGUUAUCCCAAAAUAACUAUUCGUCGCCACUUCUGGGAUAAAUAUUUUUUCUUCAUUCACGAGUUAGUGGCUACCAGUAUAUAUGAGAAAUUCCUAUUCAGUUGUCA